GCUGCAGCUGGCAGCGGCGGCUGGUGGCGGUCCGCGGCCCCCAGCCCCAGCCGAGGACAAGGGAGUUCAGGUGUCAGAGUCACUCGCCGAACGGUCGACAACGCGGCGCAAAGGCGGGUCAGCUGCCGCCGCUGGCGGAGCGAGACAGACACCUCCGGCGGCUGAGGACGGUAAAUCCAGAGACCCGGGGAGGGGGACGGACGCGACGACUGCCGGGGCUGAGGAGUGGGGGUACGGUCUGGACUUUACCACCCUCUCGUCCGGCUCGUUGACGACGAGUGAGGAGGCCCGCGGCUCCGCGGACGCCGCCGAGUCGCAGCGCAGCGGCCUGGAGUCGGGCGACUCCUCCAUCACAUCGCUACACAUCCCCUCCGAGGCCUUCAUGCUGCCCAGCUUCAAACGUCUGCGAGACAAGUGCGAGCGCCGGCCACCGGUGUCGACCUCGGAGGGCUCCCUGGAGACCACGGCUGUGCCGCGGAGCGGGCCGCCCUCCGCCGGCCGGUCCCCGCGCAGCCCGCCCACCUCAGGCGGCUCGCCGCCGGCCACGGUCCGCUCGGCUGCCGCCGACCUCCGGCUGCGGCUGCCCGAGUCGUCAGCGACCUCCUCCGCCCGCGGGGAGUCCGGAGACGAGAGGGAGACGGGGGAGGACUCGCGACUCGUCUCCCUGACGGCCGGGACGGAGACGGAGACGGAGACGGAGACGGAGUCCACUGAGAGGGAGACAGAGACUCGCGCGACCGGCGCCGAGGCGGACGGUGCCGCGGUGACGGGCACAGAGAGUCGGACCGAUCGCACCACCGCCAGCUCUGAGCCAGGGAGGGAGUCAGCCACCGCUCCGAGCUCAGAGUCAGACGGUGCGUCCGCCACCGCUCCGAGCUCCGGGCGCUCGGCGCGGCCGCGCUCGGCCCAGGACUCGUGGGUGUCGUGCCGCUCCCGUCCGCCGGCCCGUCUGACGGCCGCCGCGCUGCAGACGGAGCUCAGCUCCGAGCUGCACUACCUGCAGAGCGUCGACGAGUCGCUGCUGGCGCUCACUGUGGCGGAGCGACUGAGCACGGAGGCGCGGCUGAGAAGACGCGCCACAGGACUGCAGACUAUAGUGCAGAAUCAAAAGGAGGAGCACGCCAAGGCGCUCAACGAAGCGGAAGAGAAGAGGAAGAAGCGGGAGGAAGAGGAGGAUAAGCGCUGGCAGGAGAAGCGUGAGGAGUACGCGGCGUCCACCCAGCGGGUGAUAGAGGCUCAGGCCAGCGCCGCCCGGCUGAACGCUGAGGCCGCACGCCACCUAGCGCAGGCCAGUACAGCAGCGCCACCUAUACCGGCGAUAGUGGCGCCGCCUGCGGCGGACGCUGGAGUUGUGGCCGCCAGUGCCGUCGCAGCGGUGCAGGAGGCGAUGAAACAGGCAAGUGUGCGUGCUAAGAGAUGUCAGAGGGAUGUUACAGACAACUGUUUUUAG